CCGUGCGCGAGGUCUCAGACUCUCAUCAGUGAAAUCCGCUGGAAGUCGUUUGCUGAACCCAAUUCCCUUUCUCUCUCUCUCUAAAAAGCUUCGUGCCACUGCUCCGGCAACGAUAGGCGGCCGCCGAUAUGUGAAAGUCUUUGUCUACCAAAUUGUGAUCACAACAAGCAGUUUGGGAAUUGUUGACCUAGAAUGAGAGUUCACAGCCUCAGAGCCACCACAUCCUCAUCAGGCCUCAGUUCGUUUUCUGCAAUCUACAACGGCAAUAACAACAAUCAUCAAAAGUAUCUGGGGACUGUACCUUCAUCUAUCUCCAGACCUCGUCGUGGACUGUGCAUCCAAUGUGGAGUUCGGUUCCGCCCUUGUAUUGACAUACACAAGGGGAAAGUUAAGCAAAUUGUGGGGUCUACCAUUCAGGAUUUGAAGGAGGGUAGUUUCACUCCAGUAACCAAUUUUGAAUCAGAUAAGUCAGCCGCAGAGUAUGCAAACAUAUACAAAGAAGAUGGGCUUACAGGUGGUCAUGUCAUCAUGAUUGGAGCUGAUCCUUUGAGCAAAUCUGCUGCCAUGGAAGCGCUGCAUGCUUAUCCUGGCGGUUUACAUGUUGGAGGUGGGAUCAAUCCAGACAAUGCUUUGAGUUACAUUGAAGAAGGAGCCAGCCAUGUCAUUAUCACAUCAUAUGUAUUCAAUAAUGGCCAAAUGGAACUUCAGAGGCUUAAAGAACUUGCCCGUGUUGUUGGAAAACAGAGGCUCGUGUUGGAUCUAAGCUGCAGAAAGAAGGAAGGAAAAUAUGCAAUUGUCACUGACAGGUGGCAGAAAUUUACUGAUGUAUUUCUUGAUGAGAAGAUAAUGAAAUUUCUUGCAACGUAUGCUGACGAGUUUCUUGUCCAUGGUGUUGACGUUGAAGGGAAAAAGCUGGGAAUUGAUGAAGAGCUCGUGACAUUGCUUGGCAGCCAUUCACCUAUUCCGGUGACUUAUGCUGGUGGUGUCACAGUGAUGGCCGAUUUAGAGAGGAUAAAAGCUGCAGGGAUGGAGCGAGUCGAUGUCACUGUGGGUAGUGCUUUGGAUAUUUUUGGAGGCAACUUGGCAUACAAAGAUGUUGUCGGGUGGCAUGCCCAACAGCAGGCUCUGGCAGUUUAGUGCCACCCACCUUGCCUCUUGUAUGUUUUUCUUAAACUGUCUUCAGUAUUGUUUAUGACUUGAUUCGUCUACUCAUUGAGGGAUUGGAAUUGAAUUUUACCUCAUGUUUAACAUGCAACUUCUAACAAAAGGAGUAAAAUGCUGAUUUUAAAA